CUUUAUUCUGCUUGGCUUCAGUGGAAGGGAAUAAUUCCUCGCUCCUUUGUUCCUCCUGCUACUGUUAGAGCGGUCAUAAGCAUUAUUCCGGUUGUGAGAGAGAGAAUGGCAGACGGAGGAAGAAGAAGCCGAGAGGUGGUGGUUUCAGCUCUGCAAUUCGCAUGCUCCGACGAGGUCUCCGACAAUCUCGCCACCGCCGAACGGCUUGUCAGAAAGGCCCACGCAAUGGGAGCGAAUAUUGUUCUUAUUCAGGAGCUUUUUGAGGGAUAUUACUUCUGUCAAGCACAAAGAGAGGAUUUCUUUCGACGAGCCAAGCCUUACAAGGACCAUCCUACGAUUGCAAGGAUGCAGAAGCUUGCAAAGGAGUUGGGUGUGGUGAUACCAGUUAGCUUCUUUGAAGAGGCAAACAAUGCACAUUUCAAUUCAAUAGCCAUAAUUGAUGCUGACGGAACUGACCUGGGACUCUAUAGGAAGUCUCAUAUUCCAGAUGGACCAGGCUAUCAGGAGAAGUUUUACUUCAAUCCUGGAGACACUGGCUUUAAGGUCUUCCAGACAAAGUUUGCGAAAAUCGGAGUAGCUAUAUGCUGGGAUCAGUGGUUUCCCGAGGCAGCUCGAGCCAUGGCUCUGCAGGGUGCUGAAAUAUUGUUUUACCCCACCGCCAUUGGUUCUGAACCACAAGAUUCGGGACUUGAUUCACGUGAUCACUGGAGGAGGGUGAUGCAGGGGCAUGCUGGAGCUAAUGUGGUGCCUCUAGUAGCUUCAAAUCGCAUAGGAAAGGAAACAAUUGAAACGGAGCAUGGACCCAGUCAGAUCACUUUCUACGGGAAUUCUUUCAUAGCAGGACCGACGGGUGAGAUAGUAGCAGAGGCCGACGAUAAAGAAGAAGCUGUUCUUGUGGCGGAAUUCGACCUCGACAAGAUCAAACACAAGAGGAGUAGCUGGGGAGUGUUUCGUGAUCGCCGUCCAGAUUUAUACAAGGCGAUUCUUACUUUCGACGGCAAUCUCUAAUUCCAAUCCUGUUUGCCCUUUCUUUCAAGGUAUAAAAUGGUGAUUUUGUCUAAGUCAGCCACUUUUGAAUAACUUGGGUAGAGCCUGUAAACAACUAACUAUCGCCGUUUCAGCUUUAGUUAAUAAAGAACCCAUAUUUGUAACAUAUUAUGAAAUCUGUUCGAAAAAAAAAAUAUGUUAUUUUGGGAUUUA